AUGGAAAAGAAUGGUCCCAAUGAAGACAUUGAUGAAGAAAUUGUCUCUCAAAUAUCUAGAAUGCUGGAUGAAAAAAAUCAUUUGGUUGAAUCCUUCAGGAAGGCUCGAGACAGAUAUAAAAAUGGACCAGAAACUUCCUUUCAAUUGCGAAUUCCUGGCAACAGAGCUCAAGAUGGUCGGCAAUAUGACAUGCCUACAAGUUCCGAGAUAGGUGGCUUGAUUGUGGGUGAUAUUGAUAAGAAAAACUAUAAACGUGAUGUUAUUGUACACCACAAAACUCGCGGUCCAGAACAAAUAAGUGAUUUACAUCCAAGCUACAUGGCCAUGACAUAUCCAUUAAUACAUCCCUAUGGUGAAGAUGGAUAUAGACUUGGAAUAACUUUAAGAGAUGGAAAAAAUUUAACAAUGUGCCAGUAUUAUUGCUUUAGAUUACAACAAAGAUUGAAUGAGGGUCACACUCUUCUUCGAAGCGGCAGACUCCUGCAACAAUAUAUAGUGGAUUGUUACAUGACAAUUGAAGAAGAGAGAUUUCGCUGGAUACGACUGAAUCAAAAUAAAUUAAGGUCAGACCUCUACUCAGGACUAAUGGAUGCCGUUCAUAGAGGUGAUUCGAAUUGUUCAAGAGUGGGGAAGUCAAUUAUCCUGCCUUCAUCACACACCGGGGCCCCCAGAUACAGAGUACAAAAUUAUCAAGAUGCAAUGGCUAUUUGCAAGUGGGCGGGUUAUCCAGAUCUUUUUAUAACUUUUACCUGCAACCCGAAGUGGCCAGAAAUAAAUUACAUGCUGGAAUUAAUUGGGCAGAAAGAUGACAACAAUAGGUUGGAUAUCAUAUGCCGGGUUUUCCACAUAAAACUACUCCAACUAAUGCAAGAUCUGAAGAAAGAAAAACCAUUUGGAAAAAUAAUUGCAAGUUUAUACACAAUUGAAUUUCAGAAAAGAGGCUUACCGCAUGCACACAUUCUACUCUUCUUGGAUCCGGUAAUGAAAAAUCCUACAGCAUCACGAAUCGAUGAAAUUGUAAGCGCUGAAAUUCCGGACUUCAAUGUUGAUCCUGAUGGGUAUAAUGCAGUGAAAAACUUUAUGCUUCAUGGACCAUGUGGAAAGCUCAACAAAAACUCCCCGUGUAUGGCAAACGGCAAGUGUACAAAACACUUUCCAAAGAAAUACAACGACAAGACAACAUUUGAUUCUGAUGGAUUCCCGAUAUACAAGAGACGGAACACCGGUAUUCAUAUCAAGAAAAAUGGUAAAUUUUUAGACAAUCGUUUUGUGGUUCCUUACAACAGGAAUUUAAUUGUCAAAUUUGAUGCACAUAUCAAUAUUGAAGUCUGCAAUUAUUCAAGGUCCAUAAAGUAUCUAUUCAAGUACGUCAACAAAGGGCCAGAUAGAGCAAAUGCCACAUUUGAAUCCAUUGAUACAGUUGAACGAAUAGAUGAGAUCAAAGCAUACCUUGAUUGUAGAUACAUAUCAGCCGCUGAAGCUUGCUGGAGAAUCUUCCAGUUUGACAUAAAUCAUAGACAUCCAUCAGUUGAAAGAUUACCUUUCCACCUCCCUGGUGAACAUACAAUAAUAUUCGAAGAAGACAAGUGUGUCGAGAAUGUCCUUAAUAGACCCGGAGUAGACAAAACCAAGUUCACAGAAUGGCUAGAAACGAACAAAAUUCACGAGGAUGCGCGUCAAUUGACUUAUUCAGAUUUUCCAACACGUUGGGUUUGGAACGCCAAAGAAAAAAUAUGGACAAGGAGAAAAAAAGGCAUAUCAGUUGGCAGAAUUUAUUUUGCUCAUCCUUCAUCUGGAGAGAGGUUUUACAUGCGCAUGCUUCUCAACUUUGUCAAAGGUAGCACUUCCUUCAAAUGUAUAAGGACGGUGAAUGGGGUAACGUAUAAAACUUAUAAAGCUGCAUGUUAUGCUUUGGGACUCCUGGAUGAUGACAAAGAAUGGAUUGACUGCUUGAAUGAAGCUGCAGGCUGGGCAACUGGCAAUGAACUGCGCAAUCUAUUUGUCACCAUCCUCAUACACUGUCAAGUUUCAGACGCAUCACAUCUUUGGAAAAAUUGCUUCAUUGCAUUGUCAGAAGAUAUAACGUCACUACACAGGAAAAGAUUCAACAACAAAGGGCUCAAACUGACUGAAGAACAGGUAGAAGCAUAUACAUUGGUCGAACUAGAAACUCUAAUGCAGAAGUCUGGAAAAAGUUUAAGAGACAUAGACGGAAUGCCUCAACCUAACACAUCAUUACUAAGUGAUUCAAGCAACAGGUUGGUGAAUGAAGAGCUGGAUUAUGACACUGCAAAACUAAAGGUACAACAUGAAAAUCUGUAUGCUGCUCUGAACACUUGCCAAAAAGUAGCUUAUGAAGCAAUAUUAAAAUCUGUUGAGAAUGACGAAGGAAGAUUAUUUUUCAUUAGCGGCCAUGGUGGUACUGGAAAGACCUAUUUAUGGAACACAAUUAUUUCAAACCUAAGAUCAAGAUCGCAAAUUGUAUUGCCUGUUGCAACUGCAGGUAUAGCAGCAUUGUUGAUGCCUAAUGGAAGGACAGCCCAUUCACGUUUCCAUAUCCCACUUGACAUCACAGCAGAGUCAACUUGUGAGAUUCGCCACGGAAGCCCUUUAGCUAAACUACUGCUCAAGACCUCUUUAAUCAUCUGGGAUGAAGCACCGAUGACAAAUAAAUUUUGUUUUGAAGCUCUGGACAAGUCCUUGAGGGAUAUCCUAAGAACCAGAUUUGAGCAUAGCACCGAUAAGCCGUUUGGUGGGCUUACAAUAGUAUGUGGGGGCGAUUUUCGUCAAAUAUUACCCGUAGUUCCCAAAGGAACAAAAGAUGAAAUUAUUGAUGCAUCCCUAAUUUCAUCUUAUCUAUGGCCACACUUCAGAGUAUACGAGCUGAAUCAGAAUAUGAGGCUCCAUAGUGGAAAAAUAAGCGAGGCUGAUAAAGAAGAGAUUGCGACAUUUGACAACUGGAUGUUACAAAUAGGAAAUGGAUCGAAUUAUGAUGAUAUAGACAGAGAACUGGUCAAAAUACCACCAGAUUUGUGCGGAGACCCAUGUGAAGAUCCAAUGAAAGCUAUAAUCCAAGCUAUCUAUCCCUCUCUUUUGCAGAAAUAUAAUGAUCCAGAAUAUUUGACAGAACGAGCAAUACUGACACCAAAAAACGAAACAGUCCAUGAGUUGAAUGAGAUGAUUAUGAGUACAAUUCCUGGAGAAAGCAGAACAUAUCUGAGCUCGGACAGCAUAUGCAAAGCAAGCAUGAAAACUGAACAUAACGACCAAUUGUGUACAUCAGAAUUUUUACACAGCUUGAAAUUCCCCGGUGUUCCCAAUCAUGACAUACAACUGAAGGAAGGGACUCCGGUGAUGUUACUCAGAAACUUAAACCAGACAGAAGGUUUGUGCAAUGGAACUAGAUUGCUUAUCACCCGUUUAGGCAAAUGGUCAAUCAGGGCUGAUAUUAUCUCAGGCACACAUGUAGGCCAGAACGUCACAAUACCACGGAUUAUUAUGUCCCCAACCGAUUCAAAAUUGCCAUUCAAACUAAACAGAAGACAACUACCAGUAUCACCCUGUUUUGUCAUGACAAUCAAUAAAAGCCAGGGACAAUCUCUCAAACACGUCGGCCUGUAUCUUCCAAACCAAGUUUUCGGUCAUGGCCAGUAUUAUGUUGCUAUAUCUCGAGCGACAUCAAGACAAGGACUCAUCAUUAUGAAUGCUGAUAAAGAAAUGGCGGAUAGAACCUUUGUAAAGAAUAUUGUUUACAAAGAAGUUCUCGAGGAUAUUACACCAUGUAUCGAAAACACAGAGGUACGCCAACUCUCCUAA